AUGUCCCCUGUCAUUUUUGCCAGUGGUGGUGUCUCCAGCACCAAGGUGGUUGAGGAGAUGGUGUCUGGCAUUUCCAACAUACUUCAGAUGUACAUUAAUGGGAAGAGUGUUGAGCAGAGUGUUGUUCUCAUAGAGGAUGGUGUUGAGGUGGAUAUGACACAUUUAACAGGACAGGUCAUGACAGCCCUCAGUGGCACUGUUUUGAACUUCAGCAAUAAGGAGGAAAAUGAACCCGACAAGAGGGAACUGCUUUGUGUUGUUGCUGACCACAUGAAGAUGCUUGAAGCUUGUAAAAGUCCCGAGGAGAUGCUAAAACAAGGAGAGAGCAACCUAAAUAUCAAAGGUGCCAAAUCUAGUCUUCGUCUGUCAACACAAAGUAUGGACAGACUACUCACUGAGGAGUUUCAGACCAAGGCCAUUGAAUCGAUCCGGGAGAUCGUUAAAAGAUUCAGGGGUUGUACAUCAUGUUGUUCUGGCACUACAUCAUCUAGUCCAACUCCUAGGAUAGGUGAGAUCAGAGACCUUAUGAUUGACCCUGAGGCUUCUGAGUUGAUUGACGUCCUUGCCACCUCCAAAUCAUAUUUAUCUGUUGAUGACUAUGCUGUCAAUACACAGGACAAUUUGCAUGGUGAGAUCAACAAUGAUGAGGAGGAGGCAUCCUCUAGAAGUCUUAAAUCCAAAGCCUUUGACAAACUAUCAUCCAACAUCGUCAGAAGCAUCACUAAAGACGUUAAUAGCUUCACCCAGAUGACUAAAAUGUCUGAUGCUUCAGUGUCUGGCCAGUUAGAGAGAUCCCUGUCAGCUUCAACCCUUCCUGUCAGUGUUCACAACGGGGCCAAUGUGAAAGGAAAGAUCAUUUGGCCAGGCACUGUUAACCUGUUCAACAAUGUGUUCACCAAGGUCAAGGAUUUUUUUGCCCAGCAACAACCGGUCCUCCUAGACAAUGUGGUUGAGGCCCCCAAACAUGCCGAAUCCAUAUGCAGAACAGCUACUUCUACACAAAUGAUUUACAGUGUACAUGAAGGCAGCCAGACCAGCAUGGCAAAUUAUUCCAAAGCCUUAAUUAGUCAGACUCUGAUGGCAAUCCAGAGGAGAGUGUCUAUGUCAGAGAGGAUGAGCACCUCAGAGAUAGGCCUCUUGACUCGUUCCAUCAUGGGCUCCAUGUUGGAGGAUGUUGACAUGGUGAGAACUGAUAGACACGAGAUACACCGGCCAUCCUCCUCAAAGUCCUCCCUGUCCAUCACCUCUGCCAUGACCAGAGGGUCCCAGAGUGAUUUUACAAAUUCUCUUCCAGGCACUCCAGUCCCCAAUGAGUGGCCUGUUGAAAUAUAUUGUCCUAUCAUUAGGAGUUCGGUCAUUGAUAUGAGUGACUCCUCAACUCAUUCACAAGGGUCAACAAAUUACACAAGGCAAACCAUCUCUGCCAUAGUUGACACUGUUAUGGAGGUCAUUCCAAGAGAAGAUACGGAACACAUAGCCACUGCAGAUGAUGUCACUUCUUUUACAAGAAGACUUGCGAGACUCAGCCCCAGGGACGGUCUUCAGAACUUCUCACAUGAGCUCACUGACAAAGUUUAUGAGCUCAUAAAAAGUCACAACACCCCCCAGGCUCUUUUUGUGUCAGCUGGCAAGAGCGUGUCUGACUCUAUUCUUUUGAAGCUGAAGACAGGAUCGAAUGCUUCUGAAGAAUCCAGGGAGUUCCCAUCUGACCUUGUGUACUCCUUUGCUACGGAGUCAAUAAAACGUCUGCUACAGCAGAUUGUCUUCUGGCUUCCUCCACCAUCACAAGGAUCCGAUUUCUGCCAAACUAUCAUCUCUGAUGGUUCUCUGCAGGAAACAAGUCAGCUUAUCCCGAACUCUUCUGCCACCUCCAUUAGUUCCACACAGGUUUACUGUGACACAAAGAGCCUUUUCACCAAUAUAAUGGUCAAUCAGGUCAUGGAUACCUGUUCUGUGGCCUCCAAUUCAUCAGAAGAAUUAUCAGAGUUGAUGAACAUAAUCAAUGGGUUGUCCCCAACUGAUGCUGGAACACUUGACUCUGGCAGACCGGCUCUCAUGACCACUAGCCGUCAGUCUAGUGCCAAAUCAUUUCCUAAACCCUCUCUGUCUGGCAGCAGCACACACAAUGGUGGAACUGUGGAUAUUCAAGUUUUAGGAGAGGUGGAAUCCAAGAUGGACAACAAAGAUCUGGAGAUGUCUAGUGUCUCUGUGCAUCCAUCAACUACAUCAGCCAUGGACUCUGAUACACAUGCAUCAUUUGACUCCACUAGCAAUCACUACACCUCUUUGGUACUUUUACUGAUUGUUCGAUUGCUGUCAAUGAUCACCCCUAUCACAUUACUGGAAUCCUCCGACAUUGGUGAAACAUCAAGAGUUCUCACAAAGAGGAUUCUGUCUGAGUUCUGUGGCACCUCAGGCCCUGAACAAACUCAAGCCUACCCCCAGAAUCUGAAAAUCAAAAAGAUUUUCAAGGCUGUCUACAUGGGGCUUCUUCAAGAAUUCGGGUCAGAGAAGAUGCUCCAGGUUGCAAUGAAGUCAACGGAUUAUGCAUUUGACGAUGCCCUGGUCAAAUCAUUAACUAGGGAAUAACUACCUAAAUGCAAUGAGGCUAGCUCUUCACCUCCCUCCAUGACCCAGUUGUCAUCACACAAUGCACUUGGCAGUGACGAGGUAGGUCAUUCUGGGCUUCCAACAACUGGUAGAAAGGAAAAGAAGAGAGGAAGAUUCAGCGCUCUCUGUGGACUCAACCCAAAGGUACAUAUGUCAUCAAAAUACAAAUUAUAAAGAUUAUUUUUAUUCAUUACGUACAGUAUGAUGGUAAACACUGAUACCCUUUGUGUGCAAUUUCUCCUACUGUAUAAAUGACUGUUUGUUACCCAGUGUACAAAGAAGGACAACAAGAAGAACCACUUCACUCCAACACCUUCCCAGAACCAGACCCCUGCCGUCAGUGAAACAGCAAUUGUCAAUGAUCAAGAAUCCUGCCGAACAGAGAGUGUAUGCUCCACCAAGAAGAAACCAAGGAAGCGUUCGCUCAUUUCCAGGAUGUUUUCAGCUAUAGGCAAAGCCUUGUCCAGUCCCUUUACUUCCUGCUAUAAAAAGAAGAGCACCUAAUCUAUAUUUCAAAAUAAAUAUUUGAAAUGAACAUAAUUGUAUUAAU